AUGACUCAUACAGAUGUUCUCAGUAUGACUCAUACAGAUGUUCUCAGUAUGACUCAUACAGCUGUUCUCAGUAUGACUCAUACAGAUGUUCUCAGUAUGACUCAUACAGAUGUUCUCAGUAUGACUCAUACAGCUGUUCUCAGUAUGACUCAUACAGCUGUUCUCAGUAUGACUCAUACAGAUGUUCUCAGUAUGACUCAUACAGAUGUUCUCAGUAUGACUCAUACAGAUGUUCUCAGUAUGACUCAUCAGAUUUCUCAAUGUUCUCAGUAUGACUCAUACAGAUGUUCUCAGUAUACUCAUACAGAUGUUCUCAGUAUGACUCAUACAGAUGUUCUCAGUAUGACUCAUACAGAUGUUCUCAGUAUGACUCAUACAGCUGUUCUCAGUAUGCCAUAG